AAAUGGUUUGAUUUCCUCCUCUUCUUCCUAGAAACAAAAGAAAGAAAGAAAACAGAACAAACAAAACCCUAAAAGGGUUCUUGUAUCAACCAAAAUCGCCGCCGGAUUGAUCUCAACUGUUCCUCUUUCAUCUAACUGCACAAAAAACCUCACUUUCCUCUCUCUCUCUGUUUCCCACGCAAUUUUGUUAAUUCAAGAUUCAUGUCAGCAAUUUUCAUCACCCCAGCUUCAAAUUAUCAAUCUUUUUUUGCUGAUUGAUUCUUCCUCAGUUUUCUUUCAGCUGUAGCAUCCAUGGCGAUGACUAAUUCUUGUUUCUGAAAAUGCUGUCUGAACUGGGUAGGAGGCCGGUGCUGGGUGGGAACGAGGGUUCUUUUGGUGAUGAAUUGGAUAAGGAGAUAGGGAUGUUGCUUCGUGAGCAGCGGCGGCAGGAUGUUGAUGAUCACGAGCGCGAGCUCAAUCGGUAUAGGAGUGGAUCAGCGCCUCCAACUGUGGAGGGUUCUCUGAAUGCAGUUGGAGGGUUGUUUGGAGGCGGCGGCGGCGGCGGUCUCGCUGGCCCAUUUUCUGAAUUUCCUGGGGCUAACCAUGAGAAUGAUUUUGCGUCUGAGGAAGAGCUUAGGUCUGAUCCGGCUUAUCUUCAAUACUAUUACUCCAAUGUGAAUUUGAAUCCUCGACUUCCGCCUCCUUUGCUAUCAAAGGAGGAUUGGAGGUCUGCACAGAGAGCUUCAGUUCUUGGUGGAAUUGGAGAUAGGAGAAAAGUGAACAGGGUUGAUGACAGUGGUGCUAGAUCAUUGUUUGCAACCCCUCCGGGGUUUAACUCGAGGAAGUCAGAGAGUGAGGCGGAGAACGAGAAAAUGAGAGGUUCUGCUUCUGCAGAGUGGGGUGGUGAUGGGCUCAUUGGCUUGCCAGGCCUAGGUCUUGGGAGUAAACAAAAGAGCCUUGCAGAAAUUUUCCAGGAUGACAUGGGACAUAAGAACACUAUUGCUGGAUUUCAUUCUCGCCCAGCCAGCCGCAAUGCAUUUGAUGAAAAUGUUGAUAUUAUGACUUCUGCUGAAGCAGACCUGGCUCAUUUAUGCCGUGAUUCCUCAACCACUGAUGCCUUAAGAUCUGGAACAAAUCUUCAGGGUUCAUCUGCAACCCAAAAUAUUGGCACACAAAGUUCAUAUAGUUAUGCUGCUGCACUUGGCUCUCCCUUGUCACGAAGUACCACUCCUGAUCCACAGCAUGUUGCUAGAGCCCCCAGUCCUUGCCUCACACCUAUUGGUGGUGGGAGAGUUGUUGCUGCUGAGAAGAGAGGCAUGGCCAAUCCUGAUGCAUAUAAUGUUUCAUCCGGCCUCAAUGGGUCAGCUGAUAUUGUGGAUGCAUUAUCUGGCAUGAAUUUGUCAGCUGAUGAUGUAUUGGAUGGUGAUAACCAUUUCCCAUCACAGGUUGAGUCAGAUGUUGAUAAUCAUAGGAGAUAUCUUUUUGGUUUGCAAGGUGGUCAGGAUCAUGGCAAGCAGCAUGCAUAUUUAAAGAAGUCUGAGUCAGGACACAUGCAAAAAACAGCUUACUCUGGUCCAGGUAAGAGCGGUGGGAACGGAUCAGACAUCAACAAUUCCUUGGAUAGGCAGAUUGAGCUGCAAAAAUCUGCUGUUUCUCCCAAUAACUCAUAUUUCAAGGGAUCACCUACAUCUCCUUUUAAUGGUGGAGGUGGUAUGCCUGCUCAGUACCAGCCUUUAGAUGGUACCAAUUCAUCAUUCACUAACUAUGGCCUGAGUGGGUAUGCUGGAAAUCCAGCAUUGGCAUCCUUGAUGGCUAGCCAACUUGGAACUGGUAAUAUGCCACCCCUAUUUGAAAAUGUUGCUGCAGCAUCAGCAAUGGCUUCCCCUGGAAUGGACUCUAGAAUUCUUGGUGGUUUGGCUUCUGGCGUUGCUUCUCCAUCUGAUUUGCAUAUUCACGGAAGAAUGGGAAAUCAAAUUUCAGGUGGUGCUCUCCAGGCUCCUUUUGUCGAUCCCAUGUAUCUUCAGUACAUGAGAGCAUCUGAAUAUGGUUCCCCACAACUGGCUGCACUUAACGACCCAUCUGUGGAUAGAAAUUACUUGGGCAACUCGUACAUGAAUUUACUUGAGCUUCAGAAAGCUUAUCUUGGGAAUCUGCUUUCACCUCAUAAGUCUCAAUACAAUGUUCCACUGGGUGGUAAAUCAGGUGGCUCCAAUCAUCAUGGUUAUUAUGGAAAUCCUGCGUAUGGGGUUGGUUUGUCUUACCCUGGAAGUCCGAUGGCAAACUCUUUAUCCUCUUCUCCAGUUGGAUCUGGCAGUCCUAUUAGGCACAAUGAUCUGAAUAUGCAUUUUGCGUCUGGAAUGAGGAAUGUAGCUGGUGUUAUGGGACCAUGGCAUCUAGAUACUGGAAACAUGGAUGAAAGCUUUGCAUCGUCUCUGUUGGAAGAGUUUAAAAGCAACAAAACAAAAUGUUUUGAGCUUUCUGAAAUUUCCGGCCAUGUUGUUGAAUUCAGUGCUGAUCAAUAUGGGAGCCGGUUUAUCCAACAAAAGCUUGAAACAGCAACUACUGAAGAAAAAACUAUGGUUUAUCAGGAAAUUAUGCCUCAUGCUCUUGCGUUGAUGACUGAUGUCUUUGGUAAUUAUGUGGUUCAAAAGUUUUUUGAGCAUGGACUUGCAUCCCAGAGAAGAGAGUUAGCCAACAAGCUAUUUAGCCAUGUUCUGACACUUAGCCUUCAAAUGUAUGGUUGUCGGGUCAUCCAGAAGGCCAUAGAAGUUGUUGAUCUAGACCAGAAGAUAAAGAUGGUUCAAGAGCUUGAUGGUAAUAUCAUGCGCUGUGUACGAGAUCAGAAUGGUAACCAUGUUAUUCAGAAGUGUAUUGAAUGUGUACCUGAAGAUGCAAUCGACUUUAUUGUCUCAACCUUUUUUGAUCAAGUUGUGACACUAUCAACCCAUCCAUAUGGUUGUCGGGUGAUACAGAGAGUCCUGGAGCACUGCAAAGACCCUAACACACAGCAAAAAGUUAUGGAUGAGAUUUUAGGAGCAGUUAGCAUGUUAGCCCAGGAUCAGUACGGAAACUAUGUUGUCCAGCAUGUACUUGAGCAUGGGAAACCUCAUGAGCGUUCAGCUAUUAUCAAGGAAUUAACUGGCAAUAUUGUUCAAAUGAGCCAACAGAAGUUUGCCUCAAAUGUUGUGGAGAAGUGUUUGGCCUUUGGAGGUCCUGCUGAACGCCAAUUUCUUGUGAAUGAGAUGCUUGGAUCCACGGAUGAAAAUGAGCCUCUUCAGGCCAUGAUGAAAGAUCAAUUUGCUAAUUAUGUUGUGCAAAAGGUGCUGGAGACUUGUGAUGACCAUCAGCGUGAGCUAAUUCUUUCACGAAUUAAAGUCCAUCUGAAUGCAUUGAAAAAAUACACCUACGGAAAGCAUAUUGUCGCACGUGUAGAGAAACUUGUUGCUGCUGGAGAGAGGAGAAGUGCUGCUCAGUCUCCUCAUCCUACUGCUUAGAUGGGCAUAGAAAAAGGAUGUUCUUUGUACAGCUAACUGAGGCUAGUGUGAGCUUCUUCCCCAUCUCCUCCUCCUUUGUUCUCCUGCAUCCACGAAUGGAAAUAAAAUUAUCAGUUGUCUUGUAAUGAACUGUACAUUUGUAGUCUUAAGCUUAUACAUAGAAUUUAAGUGAGGUUGAGGUUCAGAUGUGUAAUACAUGCCCUGCAGAGAGAUAAUACACGCCUUUUAAGGAUGUAAAGUUUUAUAAAAUGGUGAGGUAGUUUAUAAGUUGACGAUGACGAUGCGACUGUACAAAAUGUUGCUAUGUGGAGAGCUGUUUAUGUUUAGGUGAGAGCAGGGUUUUUCUUUCAUGUAUGGUUAUUGACUUUAUUCCCUAAUUUUUCAAGUUUACUUUUCCCUUCA